AUGGAGCCAGAGUUCUGCUACGGGAAUGGCUCGUGUGUGAGGACGGUCUACCCCGUCGCUGUCCGUGCCAUCCUCUACUUGGGCCUUGGGUCUGCGGUGGUCCUCACAGUCCUGGGUAACCUUUUUGUGAUCGUGGCCAUCGCUCACUUCAAGCAACUCCACACGCCCACCAACUACCUGACCCUCUCUCUGGCCGUGUCCGACCUCCUGCUGGGGGUGCUGAUCAUGUUACCCGGCAUGAUUCGCGCUGUCGAAACAUGCUGGUUCUUUGGGGAGAUGUUCUACCGCUAUUAUGCCGUGUGCCACCCUAUGCUCUACCCCCUUAAGAUAACGGUUCAUACGGCAGUCGUCAUGAUCCUGGUCACAUGGUGUGUCUCUGCGGUGGUCGGCUUUGGGAUGGUUUUCCUCGAGCUGAAUAUUUUGGGAAUGGAGGAGUUGUACUAUAACAACUUGGUGUGCGAAGGAGGGUGCAUUUUGUUUUUAACUGUAGUCACCAGCACCGUCUCAUCCAUUAUCUCUUUCUACCUCCCCGGGGUCAUAAUGCUGGCCAUCUACCUGAAGAUCUACAUGGUUGCCCAGAGACAAGUGCGCACCACAGGCCUUCAGAAGAUCAGCUCCUCCAAGGUGGACAAGCACCAGAGGAAAGCCACCAAAACACUGGCCAUCAUCAUGGGUGUGUUUCUGUCCUUCUGGACGCCAUUUUUCCUCUGUAACAUCAUCGACCCCUUCAUCAGCUACUCCAUUCCACCAACCUUGUUCGACAUACUCUCCUGGCUGGGGUAUCUGAAUUCAACCAUCAACCCGUUGGUGUACGCAUUCUUCUACAGUUGGUUCAGGAAAGCGUUUCAAAUUAUUGUUUCUGGUCGAAUCUUUUGGUCUGACAUGUCGGACACAAAACUAUUUGCAGAGUGA